AUGUCACAGGUAGAUGCAAAAUCACUUCAAAUUCAUGGCCAAAAUGAAUAUCGUUGUGCCAAUUUCCGUGGAGCCCUUGACGCAUUCACCAAGGCAAGUCACACACAUGCAGCAUUUAAUAUGGGAGAAGGCGAUUCUAUAGGUAUCUUAGAUAACAGAGCUGCGACCCACUGCAAAUUGGGUUCGUUGAAUUCAGCGCUUCAGGAUGCCAGGCGGAUGGUAAAAGAGAAUAAGAUGGAUGCUAGAGGAUAUUUACGUACUGCGAAAAUCCUGCAAUUGAUGGACAAACAUGAAAGUGCUUUACAAACAUACCACUAUGCACUUCGUGUUUUGCCACAAGGUAGCGAUGGCCGUCAGCAAAUCAAAGAUUUAUCAGCAAAACUAGACAAGCGGCUCAAUGGUCCAAAGUUGUCCGACCCAUUUGAUGUUUUGCCCUUGGAGUUGGUCUCCAUGGUAUUAGAACUUUUAGAUCUUAGAUCUCUGUUGUCCACUGUCCGUGUCUCUAAACGUUGGAACAGGUUGCUAAAUUCAAUCCCAAGAUUAUGGACACAUCUUGACCUCACAAAAGCAAGAAGACGGAAUGUCUCUCUCAAAGCAAUUCAGGCAUUCUUGCGCAGAUCGCACUGGAGGCUUUCGCGCGCAUCGCUUACCAACCUUCAGCCUGAUGAUUUUCCCAAACUCAUGACCGGGUUAAAACGCAUCGGAUCUUUAGAGCAUCUCGACCUCCAGGGAAGCUUUAGCUUGAGAUUUAACGUCGCGCCAAUUUACGGUCUAACUAAACUGAAGACACUGGUCUGUUCGGAGCAAUCCGAGAUGACUUUCGGACAUUUCAGCAAGGUGCUAUCCGAUUGUCCAUUGCUUCAGCGUGUUGAAGUACACGUCAAGGACGCACCACUUAAUCAAUACAAACAAUUUCCCAAUAAGUUGCCAAAUCUACGAGCGUUGACUAUUGUUGGAUUUGAUGACAAUAUAAACGGGGAGUUUCUUUCUCCGCUAGGCCUGCCAUUUCUAAAAGAGGCUACUUUAUUUGAUAUAACCCCGAAUCUAGAGGAGCUUUACCUAAUCUAUAAAGCAGCCUAUAUGAUGCGGGAUGCGCCAAAAGUUUCCAACCUGCCUAAACUGAAGCGAUUUGGGCUCCUAGGCAUGAAACUUAACCAUUUCCCUGAACUUCCCAAAUCGCUCGAACGUCUUUCGCUCUCCAGGAGCAUUAGUAACUCCCAACCAGGUCAAUACAUAUCAAAAGAAGUCCUCGCAGAGAUGGCGCCAAACUUGAAGGCUCUAAUCCUCGACCGUUUCCGUGAUGAUGAACUAGGUCCCUUUCUCAUAGCCUUUACGCAAUCGAAAUCGUCUCUUACCCACCUCGAUCUCGAAGGGUGUCAUCUCCAUGUAGAAGAUUUGCUAAUUGCGAUGAUGCGAGGCAACCUUGAAAAUAUCACGACCCUCAACAUCGCCGGUCUGGCAGAGAUUGGUGAGAGGGUUAUCGCGAACAUCCUUGACAUGAUCCCCAAGAUUAAAGAGCUCGAUAUUUCGCGUACUCGGGUAAAGGAGCACAGCGUGAAAAGGCUCAUUGAGUCUGAUAAAGUGAGAAUUGAGAAAUUAGUGGUGCACAAUAUGGAGACGCCGUUCAGUAGGGAAUUUCUUACCUUCGCCAGAAGCAAGGGGAUCGAAGUUCCUCCUCCGAUAAAUCGUGAAGGUGCUGGGAAUCGUCCUCCUACCGAACCUCGCAGGUAA